UUCUCUAUAGCAUCGGACAAACAGAAGGAGAUUUAAUGUUGUCCGUUAUCUGGACAGUGGUCAGUCUACUGCUGGCGUUUUCGGUCACCUGUAACAGUCAAGACAGAAACGAAUGUGAUGGCGUUUCACCCUGUUCACAUAAUGCUGACUGUGUCAAUACAGUCGGAAGUUAUAGAUGUUCCUGUCAAUCUGGUUUUAAAGGGAAUGGGAUCGUGUGUACAGACAUAGAUGAGUGCGAGCAGUAUCCGUGUGGCCACAGAAAGUGUCAGAAUACUCCAGGGUCAUACAGAUGUCUGUCUGAGUGUAUCAUGGGUUACAUAUACAGAUGGAACAGUGGUAACUUAGCGUGUGUGGAUAUAGAUGAGUGCGAGCAGCAUCCGUGUGGCCUCAGAAAGUGUCAGAAUACUCCAGGGUCAUACAGAUGUCUGUCUGAGUGUAUCACGGGUUACACAUACAGAUGGAACAGUGGUAACUUAGCGUGUGUCGUUCUGAUGGGUACCGUAAUUCUUAAAGCCCAGCCUGAACAGAGAUCACGGCAUCUACCUCCCCUCAGCUUAUGA